GAAUGAUGUCUAUUUAAACGAGGUCGCAUUACCAUUAUAGUCUUUAUAGACUACGAGUACAUGAUCAUCAUGUCGUCCACUCUCAUUUUCAGCAACAGAAUUAUUUUGAGAAUCAGAAUCUUUCAUGUCGUCGUGUCAAGAAACACGAACAUCGUUCACCCUGUUGUACUUCAAAGAUGAGAGGCUUUGGAGAGACCUUUGUUGUUGUUCCACCUGAGCCCACACAUGAAAACCCACGACCCCAAAAAAGAUUGACAUCACCAAACAGGACUUCUCCUGGUGAUUUGCAUGUACAAGAACUCUAUGCAUAAGCAUAAGCAAGCAUCUCCUCUGUGAAUUUGAUGGGCUGUCUUUGUUUGGAAUCGAUAAUAGCAAGACUCUUGUCCACCUCAUACGCUACUAGUAGAUGUAGAAUCCAUAUUUAUAAGUAGUAACAUUCAUGUCAUCUACAAACACCUUCAAGUUCUUUAACUAGUAGAAGGCCCGACUUCUAGGUGGCGUUAUUCUUUGACCCCUGCUCUCGAAACUGAAAAUGGCUUACUCUUACAAUCAAUUCGUACAUUGUCCUCCUCCUCCAUGCCAGGGAAGAUGAAUAAGAUGAAUCUAUGUAUAGAUUUCGAUUUUGUUUGUCUACGAUCAAGUGGUUCACAAUAUAAUCGUCGGCUCGCAUUCAUCAAGUGGAUGAUAUUUAUCAGAUAAAGCUAUUAUGCUAGGAACAAGAAGCCGAAAGAAGCGAUGGAGUUAGACUUUACCUGUCAUUGAAAUUGGUCGACGAAACUGAAGGUAUCUAUUAAUUUGAUCACGUAUGAGCCUGCUUGUCUUGGAUGCAUAACUUGACCUUAACUAUAACUUUAUGGUGAUCGAGUUUUUUCAUUAUCUUGCAAAGGUACAUGAAGAUUUCUAAGGUAUAAUAUUACUCUACAACGAAAUUUAUUUGAGAGGUUCGUUGUGCAGAAUCAGUCAAGUGAUUCGUGCCCGACAUAACGCAAUGUCGAGCAAAAGCAAGUCCGCCUCUUUGGAGGGAGGUGCAGCCGGGCACCAACAUUAUGUAUGGAUGAUUUACCAUCUCGGCUCAUACUCACAUUCAGCAGCAAUCCACUGAGAUAAUGAAAAACCGUAUUCUAACAAUUCAUGUUACGGACCGCAUGGGCUGUACUAGGUCAGUCGUUGGCGCCUUGGUUGUGUUGUGUUUGUCUGGUUGUUCGUCGUGGCCAUGUGCCGGCGUCUCUCUUCUCCAAUUACAUCUGGGUUAGGAUGGGUUAGUGGGUAUUGAUGGUUUAAUUCUCGAUUUACAGAAUGGAGUAGCGGCUGCGUCUGCAGCAGCAAACACUUCAAUAUUAUCUAUAUCUUCCUCCGUUUUACAUAAGAAAUUCCGCAUUCCUUCUACGUUCCAACCUAUACGACCUCUAAUCUCAGUCCGGCAAAUCCUCAAUGGGCUCCUUCACGGACGUGAAAAACGUGAUAAGACAGCAGGUGCCAGAAUCCGCCACGACAGUUUUACUAGGAGAAUGCACUCAUGGAACUGAAGAGUUCUACCAGUUGAGAGCUGACAUCAUUAAGGCAACCAACAUCAAGAGAGCAUGAGCAUCCUCAGAAUCAUUCUUGUUGGGCUCCUUUUUCAACGGUAAUAAAGAGGUCGUCCCAACAGAUGAUUACUCAUCGGGAUGGACUGAUGGCCUCAGGGAAGAUGGAUGUCCUACACCUCGCUCUAAUAUCACGAAAUAUUUGGUGGAAGUGCGGAAAUUCAAGGUGAUCAUCGUGGAAGCAGACUGGCCUUUUCUUUGGCACGUUAACCAGUAUAUUCACAGAAAGAAACUACAUAUGUUUCCGAGAAAGUAUGGCUUCAAGUAAACAGUAGACCAGAAUAACGAGUUAGAGUCUCUGCUCUUCACGACGCGUCUCUACUCGUAUGUGCCUCCCUUCAGUGUAAUUCACUGUAUACUUUUCCUCCUUGUCGUGGGUGCUUCGUCCGUCUUCGUGUUUCCACCUUUCCUACCCAGAUCCCCUCUACGCCCCUUCAUUUUCCCAGCCAAGCCCGCUUUCCUGAGUGGAUGUGGCAGAACCGACCCUUUGUGGAUCUCAUAAAGUGGAUGCGGCGGAUGUCACAGACGGAUAGUGCUUGUUACCUCUUUGGGAUGGAUUGCUACUGUAAAGAAGAGUCCAAAGCCGAGUUGUUGCAAUUUUUGGAUGCUCAUGACCCAGACUUGGCCAAACUACUUCGUGCGUCCUGUUUUCCGCGUGAGAGGCCAGAAAAGUGGCCAGAAAUAUUGUCGAAGUUACAGUGGGGCUACAACAAGAAAGCAGGGGGAAGCGGAGGAGGGAGGAGUUCUUGUACUACAAAUACUUCGCAUAUUGAUGUCUAAGAUUGAUCAACAUGGGCGCUCUUGGUUUUUGUUCUUGAUAAACCUUUUUAUUCGUUGGAUAGUUGGAUUGAUCAGCAGGAAGGAGAUAGAUUAAAAAGAUCAUUUUCAUCUUCUUCACCAAUACACCAGCUGGUGGCGCAGUUCGCGGCGAGCUAGUUAAAGACUAUGUCUACAGAGGCUGCAGCAAGCUGGACCGCUUCAACGCAGAACAAAAUUUAGAGUGCAUGAUAGCUGCGGACGAAUACUAUGACUAUGGCUGACAUUAGAACUUCAGAUGAAGAGUGACAUUCGGGAACGGGAAGUCGUUAUCGUUAUAUAUUGUUUCCCGAGUUCGACUUGUUCACGUAGAAGUUGGGCUUGUGGCUACUUACAUCUUUUUAUUUUCCUGUAAAUACAGUGCUGUUCAAGUAGAUCCCCUAACACGCACCUCUGAUGCCGCACCUCUCCCUCUCUCACUACAAGUACAGGGUUAGAAGUACAGUUGUGUCUCAUCAUAUUUUCUUGUAAAAAUGAAAGAAGGCAGCUUUCGCUGCAGAUCUCUUUGUGUAGAAGUAGAGUUCUACUUCUAGUCCAUUCUAAGUCUUGCUCACCUCUAAUACCAAAAGCAACGUCUAGAGCCGCCAGGAAGUCAAGCAAGUUGGAAUGCCAGGGACCAGCAUAUGGCUACGACGAUAAUGCGUCUUAAGGAAGCGGCAAAGGAUAUCUUUCCGGUAGAAAAAGGUAAGGAACCGGAGGAAUUAAAGGUACUUCUAAAAAGUGGUUCGAAUUACAUUGAUUACAUUUUAUGGCAUGCUUCGAAUUCGUCGAUUGAUUACGACUACUAAAUGAGCAACGGUUGCUGCAUGGUUGUAUACUUUUUUCACAACAUCCUUCCACAUCCACAACACGCAACAAAACCCCAGGUAAUAGUUUGGGCUCACAACUCACAUAUUGGAGAUAGUACAGCGACACCGAAUGGCGGAGUGAAUUUUGAACGCAACGAAACCUGGAACCUUGGGCAGAUGUGUCGGAGUAUCUUGCAGAACGUGUUCAUAGUGGGCUUUUAUAGCUACUUAUGAUUGAGGAAAUGAAGAGAGUUGAUUUUGAUUCUUGAAUGAGAUGACUGCGCCUGCUCCUGAGUUGUAGUUUCAAUUUCUAUCAAAAGGUGCCAGAAAGAAUAAUUUCUAUGGCUAUAAACAAGUCGUUUUUUCAAUCAUGUUCGCUUUUUCUUCAAUCCUAUCUUAAUCUUAUACACUUUUUCACUUUCUAAUUUGCUGCGGUUCCGUCCGCGCAGCGAAACAGUGGGGCGAGCAAGGAAAGGUGAUGCAGUUGCGACCAGCUCUACCGAAUUCUCUGGAAUUUCAACUCCAUUCCCGAUUCCCCAAACAGCAGGCCUUUGUAAAACUAGAUCCCACGGCUAAGGUGUGGUACGGCAGUUCUGAUGAUGCGCCUAAUUUCGCUUUGCCCUGUCAGUACGAGUUCUUGCAUCCGGAGGUGCUUUGUACGACGAAACCUAGCUGGAAAAGUGACAAGGUUGACAUUUUAGUUGGCGGAGCAGGAAAAAACAGAAGUAGCAGUAGUUGUAGUUCUUCUGGUUGUACUAUUAUUAAGGCUCAGCCAUUUCAAUGGUCAUUGGGGUUGGUCACUGAGAUCGAAGAAGCAACCCCUUUAGAGAACAGGGGAAAAGGAAGGGAAAGGGGAGAGCUUUGGAGGGGGUCUCUUCCGUUCAGCAUCAGUGACCAUUGAGUGCUGAGCUUUAAUAUUAAUGGGAAGAUUGAUAUAGCGUCAAUGGUAGGAGGAAGUGGGCGAUGUAGUAGUGGAGGUUCUUCCAGCAGUACAAUAAAUCCAGGAGACUUGCAACCGCCCAACAGGGUAAUUUUCGAAGCCCAAGAGAGGCAAGCUGCAGUUAGCACUAGAAGUGUUCAGAGUUAUCGCUUACGUGGUGUUUUUGGCGGAGGUCAAGGAGACCUGCAAAUUGGUGGAAGCAGUAGUAGUAGUUCCUUUUCUUCUACAUCAACAUCGUGUUGGGUCGAUGAAUUUACACCUAAUCAGCACAUCUCCUUGCAUUGUCUCCCUAGUGAUGUUUUGGAGAGGUUGCGACAGGAUCCCCUGUUCUGGAUGAAUUGUGUGCCGAUUUUACAGCGCUGGGUCGGUGUCCAGUACCAUCCGGAGACGGAGUUGCAGUCGCAUUAUGGAGAAUUAGUAGCGUCGAGAGCUUAUGACAUGCUGCUGUUUGUGGACGAAAGCAACGCGUUGAACGUGGACUUCGAUGCUGGUAUUUUUAUUAACGAGUAAGUUUUUCUUGGUAGCCUUUGCAGCUAUUUUUGUCUUCGUUCAACCACAGAGGUUGUACCGCUUUGCACCUGCUGUUGCAUGAAUAGGUUCUUUAUAGACAUCUCCAUCUUCGACAAUUGAAAAUUUCUCGUCUUCGACAAAGUUUCUCUGCUCGUUCAUUUCCCGUCAAGUACUUCGAAGAAAACAUCUUCGUGGUCGGUUCUCUGCUCGUUCCUUUCCCGCCUAGUAAACAUCUUCCUCCCGCCACCAAUGAAUCAGUAUUUUCAGACGAAAAGACCGCCGAGCAGAGCUCAGCUGAGAAUGUGCAAGCGACGCCUGCUGCGACGAAACGGUUGAUGAAGGAGUACGCUAAGCUUUUAAAAGAGCCUCCGCAAGGAGUCGAAGCGCACCCAAUGGAGGACAACAUUCUCGAGUGGCACUUCCGUCUUGUUGUUAAGGCUUACUACAGUAAUUCAUCUUGAGCAGCAUCUUUGACUCGUCCUUUUCUAGGGAGAAAACGCGUCAAAGAUGCUUUUCAAGAAAGAUGAAUAGAAGCGAGGUCUAACCUUGGCAGCGCAGGUCCAUACAUUGGAGGACGUUAUCACGGCGUUCUCGAGUUCCCACCUGAGUUCCCGAUGAAGCCACCGUCGAUCAAGAUGCUCACACCUAGUGGCAGAUUCGAGUUAAACAGGAGAAUCUGUUUGUCGAUGUCUGACUUCCACGCAGAAAGUUGGAAUCCUAGUUUUAAGGCUGCGCCUAAAAAUCCAUCCUCCGAGACGACUACAUCCUAAAUGUGAAUGGGCCCCCCAAGGGAAAAAAGGGCCCAGAGCAACAACAAUGUACUUAUCUCGUCAGGAUGGAUCAUUAGGGUGAGCUCCUCUAAUUGUUGGACGGUCGAGAAGAUUCUUUUGGGUUUGUUGAGUUUCAUGCACGAGGACUGUCGCGAAAGUGUAGGGAGUAUUCACGACACGAUAGCGAAUAGAAAACAAUACGCUGAGGAUUCGGAGUUCUUCAAUAGGCAAAACGAGAUCUACACUUUGUUGUUCUUGAGUGGGGACGGCAGUGCCGAGCCCUCCGCUAGUAGUGCAGUCCCGCAAACUAAAGCUGCCAGAAAAAGUGGAGGUUCUUCCAGUUGUAGUAUCAUGAAUAUCGGCGGACUUUUGAAGCGAUCAAGAUCGUCAACGGCGGAUGAAACAGCAUCGACUUCGAGCACAGCAAAUCUGUUUUAUGAAGAUGAAAAGAAAUUGGAAUUGCUCUCUACCAGAACGAAAAGGAUUCUAGAAAUCUCACGUGAUCAUCCUCUUUUCUAGGUUCGUUCAGAAGAUUGCAGAGAUGCCAUCCUCUAACCUCUUCUCUCCGACCCAGGCACCCGUGUCUCCUCCACGCGGUCUAGCGUAUUACAGCAGAACUCCGAAAGAACUCUUCUCGCAGAGGAUGAAAGAGAUGACAGGCCAAGAUGCCGCUACUGCCUAGACAGCGAGGGCGAGCUUGUGUCGCCCUGUGCGUGUCGCGGGAGCUCGCAGUGGGUGCACUUGGCAUGUCUGCGACAGUGGCAGAAGAGCGUAUUGCUGACGCAAAGCACACAUCCAAAGUACCAGACUAGGAUAGACGCAAUCUGCAACAUCUGCGAUAAGCCAUUUAUCGGGAGAUUCAAACCAAGAGACAGGGCAUCGCAGGUGUUGGAAUUUGCAGGAGAAGAGAUGGCGAGAAGUUUGAAUUAUGACGGGACAUGAUGGACAAUUACAAUCAGAUGUAGAAGUAUAUGAGAUGAGAUUUUAUUUGCUUGUAGUUCCAGCACAAGAAACAUUUCUCAUUUAUUGCAUGGGAUAUCAAGAUCCUUGUCCUCUAUCACCUUUGAUGGAUUCGUACUUCAGUACCAUCUCAUUCUCACUUUCUACUUGUUCUUCUAGUGUCCGACUUCUAAUCCCCACAAGGCCGUCUGCUCGUUUCCAGCGAAAAAGAAUCACGUGAAGGGCAAGAAAGCAUCGAGGCGAACCCAGAGUUGCGCGUACAUCUCGAGCAUUGGAUUUUUGCUGUUUUCUUGAUUUUGAACCAAGUCAAUGCCUCCAGCACUGCGGGCGAAGAAAGAGAUUCCGGUGUUUUAGCUGUGAAUCUGGUGAUGCGUUGUAAGAACAAUCGACCACCUGGAAAAGUUACGAACACUCUGCCUGGCUACAGAGCGACGCAAAGCAGCCCUUUGAACUCGUGGGAAAGGAUCUAUAGACCCAAAGUAAUAGUAGCGUUUAAGGACGUGCUUGAACUAGACACCUCUGGCUCUGGCGUUGCCCCCGGAAGGGUGAGAACAACCGAUGACUCGGCAGUAUUGGACACCGCAUUUGAUCACUUCAUCGGUGGCCCGGUCGAGGCGGAAGAUUGUCUGGCUGUGGCCUAUCUCCCAGGGUUGCCAGCGGCAGCAGAAAAAGCCCAUAGGAAACGGCUUGUGGGGGUGAGCACAUACUACGGAGCACUAGAAACAAUACUGACGUUGGCGAAAAUACGUAUUCCUUCUUCGAAUGCUGUUAGAAUGCUUUUGCAGCUUGGUAGUUGUUCGUCUUGUUCACCUAUCUCUAUCAACAUAUUUACAAAAAUUAUAAAACUCGACGAUUUCAUCUCUUUAAAAAUGUUCACCCUGCUCUUCUGUCUGGUUGUCACAGUUGUAGCUUAUGAUCUUUCUUUUCUGCUGUUCAUCAUGUCGUUUUCAAACCCACCAAACAUCAGGUUUCCAAUUCACCUCGUCCGAGAAAGCACCUGGUGUGAGCAUUGUUUGUCUCAAUUUUCAGGUUUCCAAUCCACGUCUGAAAAAGCCCGUGUGUCCAUUUUUUGGGGCUAUGCGGCUUGGAAUACAAGUCAGCUGUUGGCUGAAGUGGCAAAGCGACACUGGGGCGUUUCUAAUCAGACGGUCGACGCGAGUGCCGGUUUCAGAGACGUGUGCUGGGAUGAUGUCAUGACAGGGAUGACAAUGGCAAAAGAAUCGGAAUAUUCGAGGAACUAAUCUUUUCCCUUUCUAUUUGUUUUUAAUAAAAAACUUUAUCUCGAUUGCAGAACCAGAACCAAGUACAUCACUCAGACUCAUCAAGAAGGACUACUAGUUCACACUCUUUUUAGAACUUUUUAGUGACUAGUCAUAGUCUUGCCACCAGGUGUACAAGGUUAUGAGGGACGACCAAGACUCGUGCCGUUUCGCUGGACUUCAGGCUACAGAAGAUAAUUGUCAUGUUGAAAGAUUCACCUUUAUCUUUCCGCAAGGAAACAAGAAACAAGUCAUUGAUUAUAUUUGUGUCCGAGGCAGGAAGACAGAAUCUCUCCUGAAAAGGCAAGCUUCUCCGAGGCAGAU